AUGGGCGCAGCUCGAGACCUCUGGAUCAAAUGGAAGAUGCUCCGUCUGCCAUGGCGGAAGAGGUUCUUGAUCGGCCAGGACCUUCACGGCAACACCUUCUGGGAAUUCAAAGACGCCAUCAACCACAACCGGUGGCGCCGCAUCGUCCAAGCGGGUCGUAAAACCCACCAUUCCGAUGUUAAGAUCUCCCCCCAAUGGCAUCAAUGGUUGCGACAGACUCGACCAGAUGCUCCUUCAAUUCAAGAGCAGAUGGCCGAUGUGCAGCGGAUAGAGCAGAUGAAACAUAAUGCCCGAUUGGCCGAUGAAAGAUGGGCUGCAAAGCCCAAGUAUAUCGAGAAACCGGAGCCAACACCUGCGGCUACUGGUGAUGCUCAAGUUAGCACGCCCGCAGCUGAAAAGACCAAGAAUACCGUUGAGGAAGAAGACCCCUGGAGCAAAGCUUCGGCUUCCAAAGGUGGCUCGAGUUCGGGCGCAACCUGGACCCCUGAAGCGUGGGUUCCCGGUGCGACCAAACGAUAA